AUGGAUGUCGCUUGGCGUUUUCGUAUCAUGAUCUUCACAGCAUUGGCCUUGAUGCUAUUUGGCGAUUUUUACGGUUAUGGCAGUGUAAGAGGCGUUAAAUCGGAUACAAAUCAAGCAGCUGCAGCAGCGGCCGCCACCACUGGUCCGGGCAAAUUCCAGCAAAGCGAUGCGGAUAUUGAUAUUGGCGAAGACACAGAAAUCAAUGAUUUUUCGGCUGUCGCUCUUCAACGAAAGCAAAAUACGCUUAAAUCACAGUUAACAGACGCCAUUAAGGAAUCCUGCCUGCCAAAAAUGUUAUGCGAAAUGGCUGCUAAGCCAGAAUAUCUGCUUACCGAAAAGGAGAAGGAUCUGUUGUAUUUAAUAAGAUCCUCCACCAUGUCGGCAAUGAAUGCUGCGCCGAGUAAAUGGCAUUUCGCAGCACAUAUGGGUGAAUUACUACGCUACACAGGCGAUGACAACAGUGGUCCCAUGGGCUGUGCUAACCUCUGGCCUAAUUGUCCGAUUAGUUCGAAGAAAUUAAUGAAGUUAUCGCAUAAAGUGAAACUGUAAGAUUGCCUGCGUGUGCAUGUGGAGAAAGCAAAAAAAAAAA